AUGACCCUCCUCGGUUCGAUCUUCCGUCAAUUUGUUUCCAUCCCUACGCUUCCGGCAACUCUUAGCCUCAAGGGACAAACCGUGCUUAUCACAGGCGCCAACACAGGCCUAGGGCUAGCUACCGCGAGAGAAUGUGUCGGACGAGGAGCAGCAAAAGUGAUUCUUGCCGUCCGUGACCAGGCCAAAGGCGAUGCUGCCAAACUUUCCAUCCAAAAGUCACACCCCUCAGCGCCUGCCACAAUCGAUAUUUGGCAUCUAGACCUGCUCUCGUUUGACUCAGUGCUGGCCAUCGGGAAACGUGCAGCCCAACUCCCCCGCCUCGAUAUUGCGCUUCUCAACGCCGGUGUUUUUAAAUUCGUAUGGUCUACUUCACCCGACGGCUUCGAGACGGGUCUGCAAGUCAAUCAUCUAGCAACAGCGUUGCUAGCCCUUGAGCUGCUUCCGACGCUCAAGAGGACGUCCAAGGAGCUUGGGUCCGCUUCACGUCUCACUUUCACCUCUGCAGAAACGCACAUGUUCACCAAGUUUGAGGAGCAGUCGGCCGAUAACAUGCUGGAGCAGCUGAACAAGGAGGAGCUGUAUAAAGACGCCAUGGACCGGUAUUGCGUGACAAAACUGCUGAAUGUCUUCUGGGCAAGGGAGUUGGCGGUGCGCACACCUCGAGAAGAGGUAAUUGUAAGCUACUUCAAUCCGGGGGCAGUGGAUACUGGUAUUCACCGCGAUGCGAACCUUCUUAUCCGUAAGUUCGACCGUUACGUCGGCCGCAGCGUCGAACAGGGCGCCAGUCUCGUGCUAGACGCAGCCGCAGUCAAAGGACCUGAGAGCCACGGCCAGUACAUGAGCGAAGGAAAGAUCAAGCCACCCUCGGACCUCGUGCUUAGCGAGAAAGGCUCCAAGUUGCAGAAGAAGUUAUGGAACGAGACUGAGGAGGUCCUGAAGAAGCAGGUAGCGUCGACAGAUGGUCUGGGUGAUAUUUUCAAUGUGUAA